CCAGCAUUUUGCUUGUCUUGGAUGUAGAAUUCUGAAAGUACAAGGGGGCUGGCCUAAAGGCCAGUAUUGAAAGCUCUGAGUCACCUUCGGACGAAUUUGGCUAAUAAUCUCAUCCCGGGGUCAAAAUCCCAGACUGCUCAAAGAAAACCCUGGGCAUCUAGAAGAGGCCGCUGGGAGGCAGCAGAGCUCACAGGUUGCUCCUGACCCUAUCGGGUCUUGGUAUGUUAUGCCACCUCAUAUUUUCCCUCUUACUGUGUAUUAACUGCCGUGGCAGUGUUUUAGGAAUCCAGGCUGACUGUAAUCAGAAUUAGACUGUGCGCGUAGACUCUGUUGGCCAUUGCCUCCCAGAAUGGUGCUUAUUUUUUCCUGCCUGAAUCUUACCUUAUUUUUCUCGCAGUCACUUCCAGAAACCUCUGGCUAUCCCCAGCGAGGAUGUACAGCCAGGAAAAGGCUUUCACCAGGGCACGCCUCGCCUCGCCUCCCCGGAAUCCUGGGGCAGUUUGACCUUUUUGUGAAUGGCAUUUUGGAUCUCAAAACGAAAACCACCCCCGUGGUUCCCGCACCUUCCUCAACACGGCAAGGAGACCGGUCCGGGCCAGGCGAGGCGAGCGUAGUUUCUGUGGCUGGGGGCCUGCGGGCAGGUGACAGAAGGCGGAGGUGGAGGCCGCGCAGGGCCCGCCCCCGCUGCGCUCUCCUUCACGGGAAGUGAUGUGGGGCCGGACGGAAAAUACCGCCAAGCACCCAAAAAAGGCCAGUCACUUGGGGUCCCAAGCUUCGUUUGGAAGGGAGUGCCUAAGGGCUUGAGCACCGCAGGGACGCAGCAUCUCGAGGAACUGCAGCGACGCAACAGCGCGGGGAUAGCUCGAGAGAGACGGAGCACCAAACCGGGUGAAGCACUGAGUCCUUCAUCAUGUCGGAUGGGGAUUAUGACUACCUCAUCAAGUUUUUGGCCUUGGGAGACUCUGGAGUUGGGAAGACUAGUGUACUUUACCAGUAUACAGAUGGGAAAUUCAACUCCAAAUUCAUCACCACGGUGGGCAUUGAUUUCAGGGAAAAGAGAGUGGUGUACAGAGCUAAUGGACCAGAUGGAGCUGUGGGCCGAGGCCAGAGAAUCCACCUGCAGUUAUGGGACACGGCAGGGCAGGAGAGGUUUCGUAGCUUGACCACUGCGUUCUUCAGGGAUGCUAUGGGCUUCCUGCUACUGUUCGACCUGACAAACGAGCAAAGUUUCCUCAAUGUUCGAAACUGGAUAAGCCAGCUACAAAUGCAUGCAUACUGUGAGAACCCGGAUAUAGUGCUGUGUGGGAAUAAGAGUGACCUGGAAGACCAGAGGGCAGUGAAAGAGGAGGAAGCCAGGGAACUGGCAGAGAAGUAUGGAAUCCCCUAUUUUGAAACGAGCGCUGCCACGGGAACGAACAUCAGCCAAGCGAUUGAGAUGCUCCUGGACCUGAUAAUGAAGCGGAUGGAGCGGUGUGUGGACAAGUCCUGGAUUCCAGAGGGCGUGGUGCGGUCCAAUGGCCACACUUCUGCGGAUCCGCUGAGUGAGGAGAAGGAGAAGGGGAUAUGCGGCUGUUGAGACACCAGGUGAGCAUCGCAGCCCCCGGCCUGUGAGCCGUUCCGCAGAGAUCCAGCCGGAAAGCCGAGAUGAACCACACCGCACCAAACGCCAGCUGCUUCUCCUGUCUCCAGUGGACAUUAACUCAGCAUCCAUUUCUAAGUUGUUGCAGCUUUAUAGAUCCAAGAAUUGGGAGAACUAUUUCACAGAGCCAAAAGUGCCUUGAAAGCCUAAGCCCACCAUGGCAGGCCAUUCAGGUAGUCAAGAUUUUGCAGCCAUGAAAGGUUGCGUCUGUUAUGUUAGAGUGCUGAUGAUGGCACUGUCACGUGUGCCCCCUAAUGAGACCUGGAGUCUCAUUAGAGUCCCCCUAAAGACAUUAGGAUCUUUGAGCAAUGAAAGGCUAUCAUGGUCUUGAGAAUCCAGGUUUAAAAAUCCACACCAUAGUUGACCUUCUAGGACAUCACUCACCAACACUUGAAUGUUAAUAUCAUGUACACAUUGGAUCGCUGUCAUCCAGCAUCACCUCUCAUGUCGGCCUUCCCUUGGACGUUACGUUAAAAGUACAGCCAUCUCUAUAGACUGGGGAUGCUGGGUUGACUGUGGGUUUGGUGGUGGGGGAAGGGUUUGUAGGGCAGGGGUGGGUAAAGAGGUGGAAGCUAGUGAAGUCGGUUUUCUGGCUCUGGGCUUCAGGGUCACGGAGACCCAGGUGUUUAUUAGUGGUCUGUUGGUUCGGUCCACAGCUGAGCAUAGCUCGGGCUUCUGCUUGAAUGCACGGUGAGAAAAGACUUCUCUUGCUUCUCUUCAUAUUUGUGUUUUGUCUGGCACUUUCGAGCUGCCGUUCCUGUGUAGACUGCUGAGCAUGUGACUUUACCAUCAGGCUGGCGUCCGUCGAUGCUCUCUCCCUGUUUGUCUUCUCCCCCGUUAGUGUGACUGAAGGACUCUCUUUUUAAUUAAGCCACAGGUUUAUUUGCCGUCUGGAGGGAGAUGGAUGUCUGUAUCUAAGCAGUCACAUGUGUGUGCUCGUUUAAGCCUGGUGUCUCGCAGCAGCCUGAACUUCCCCUGGAAGGUGGGCAUCCGUGUCCUAUCCGUGUCCUCGCUGUGUCUUGCCAGAUCAUGUGUUCUGUCGCCUCAGUGUCUUCAUGCCCAAAGAGGGUGGUUCAAAAUGUUUGUUCUUCAUAGAUUCUACUUCUUCAGACCCAAGGGAUCUCAUUCACAGCAAAAGGCUUUUAAAGAAAGUAAGCCAGAAUUGCCAAAGAACUUCACCAAGGAAAAAUAUCACCAAUUAUAAUUGUAAAAAGUAAAAACUGUGGGUUUUGGGUUGUUUUUUUUUUUUUUUGACAGUGAAUGCUUGGCAGAACUUGUAAUACUUGUAAUUACUAAAAGAAAUAUAAAGGACGGGCGGCGGUGGCGCACUCCUUUAAUCCCAGCACUCGGGAGGCAGAGCCAGGCUACCUGUGAGUUCGAGGCCAGCCUGGGCUACCAAGUGAGUUCCAGGAGAGGUGCAAAGCUACACAGAGAAACCCUGUCUCGAAAAACCAAAAAAAAAAAAAAGAAAAGAAAA